AUGGCUGGAGCCAGUAAAACCCCUGCGGUGCUGGAGCUGGAGCGGAUCCGCGCGCUAUUUCCCUGUACAUUUCCUGUGCCUGCGCCACAUACACAUCCCGACAUUGUCCCAGCCGAUGAUGUCGCGCUCGAGCAGGAAUUGCUGCGCAAUGCAGACAGCAUCCGGACGUGGCUUUCUUACAUUACGCAUGUGGAAGAAGCAAACUACCGCAAACGUCCGAUUCCAGAUACAUGGCUCUCGUCUGCAGGUGUCGAGCUGCUAGGACUCUUUUCUGACGCAGCACAGCGGCUUGCACUGCAGCGCGUUGUCAGCAUUUACGAGCGCGCACUGGCCCAGUUUCCCUACGCGUACCGACUUUGGUCGCGCUACCUGCGUGCCCGGGCGCGAUUUGUUUUGGGCGAGCCCCAGGGGGGGGCACAAGCCGCCCGCGCACGCGCGCUGCACCAAAACGUGCUGGAGAUGGGCCCAUCGCUGCUCGAUUCCAGAAAACAGGAGGAAGCGCAGACCCAGUGGGAUGGCGGACUCGACGGAGUGCUUGGCUGGCAAGAAUGGCGGAGCCUUGCAGCUGCGUACGAGCGUGCGCUCAUGUGGCUGCCGGCCAUGCCGCGGCUAUGGCUUGACUACGUGCAGCUAUUCGUGCACCCAAAAUGCCCGCCCAGCUUGUCUCGCACGCACGCACGCCGUACAUUCGACCGUGCUUUGCGCACGCUCCCUGGCUCGCUCCAUCUGCGCAUCUGGAAGGUGUACCUGCGCUGGGCCGAGCUGUGCGGCGGCGAGACGGCCCAGCGUGUCUGGCGCCGCUACCUGCAAGUCGACCCGAGCUUGUCCGAGCGGUACGUCGCCUUGCUCAUCGAGCAGCCAGCCGCGCCGUACUAUGCAGACGGUGCGUGUGCAAGUGUCGCGCCCUCUUCUUCGGACUAUGUGCACGACGCGGACGCGGACAGCGAGGAAGAAACAGAGACGAUGGACGCGCGGCAAGCAGCACGCGUCUUGGAAGCGGCCAGCGUGCUCCUGCGACUGGCACGCGCGGCGCUGCAAGGGACAUACAUGAGCCCCGACGGCAAAAGUGCGUUUCAGCUCUUUGUCGAAUGGCUCGACAUUGUCGACAGAUUUCCCGAGCAAGUCGGACUCUCCCAAAAAGAGGAAGCCGCGCUCGGGGAGCAGCAAGAUACCACACGCCUGCCCGUGCACCGCAUUGUCCUGCAGGAUGGGCUCGCUCGAUUCCCCGAUCAAGCCGGCCGACUCUGGACUGGGCUUGCGACGUACUAUAUCAAGCGCGGCGACCUCGACACCGCGCGCGAUAUUUUUGAGCAAGGCAUAAAGCAAGUGCUCACCGUGCGUGACUUUACGCAAAUCUUUGACGCGUAUGCCGAGACGAGCGAAAAUGUGAUUAGUUUUCUCAUGGAGGAGCUGGCGGAAGAAGACGACGAGGUGGCCGAACGCGAGGCCGAAGUCGAUGCGCGCAUGCAGGAGUUUGAGGCGCUCAUGGAGCGCCGUCCUUUCUUGGUCAACGAUGUCCUGCUCCGGCGCAACCCAGACGAUGUGCAGGAGUGGGAAAAGCGCGUUUUUUUGUGGGGCGACAACGACGAGGAAAUUGUGGCUACGUACAAAAAUGCACUCGACACCAUCAAUCCGCGCAAAGCGACGCCCAACUUGCAUUUGCUUUUUAUUCACUUUGCUCUCUUUUACGAGCAAGGUGGUGCAAGAUCGGAGCGCGCAGCGAGCGAUCUUGUUGCUGCGCGCAAAAUCUUUGAGCGCGCCGUCAAGGUCCCGCACAAGCGUGUGGAAGACUUGGCAGAGGUGUGGUGUGCGUGGGCCGAGAUGGAAGUGCGGAACGGCAACUACAACGAGGCGCUCCGCGUACUGUCUCGCGCCACGAGUGCGCCAAGCACGCAAAACAAGCUCAAGUCCAUCUCCUACUUUGACGACUCGCUCCCUGCACAAACGCGCGUGUUCAAAAGCCUGAAAGUAUGGGGACUCUACACCGACCUACUCGAAGCGCUCGGCACUAUCGACGCUGCAAAGCACGCCUUCGACCGCGUAAUGGAGCUCAAGAUUGCCAACGCCCAAACGAUUAUUAAUUACGCGGCGUUCCUGGAAGAGCAGGGCUACUUUGAAGAGGCGUUUAAAGUGUACGAGCGCGGCGUAGAAGUGUUCUCUUAUCCGGUUGCUUUUGAGCUGUGGAAUGUGUAUUUGAGCAAGUUUUGCAAGCGAUACGGCGGCACACGUUUGGAGCGCACCCGCGAUCUGUUUGAGCAGGCGCUCGAAAAGUGUCCGCCCAAGUUUGGCCGCCCUCUCUUUCUGCAGUACGGCAUGUUUGAGGAAGAGCAUGGACUGCUCCGCAAAGCGAUGCGCAUAUACGAGCGCGCGACCAAGGAAAUCGUGCCCAAAGACCGCUACGAAAUGUACUUGUAUUACAUUGCCAAGGCAGCCGCACACUAUGGUAUUGUAGCGACACGCCCAAUCUACGAAGCCGCGAUGGAGGCCCUUCCCGAUCGGCAGACGGUCCUUUUGGCGCUGCGCUUUGCCGCGAUGGAGCGCAAGCUCGGCGAGACGGAACGUGCGCGCGCGAUUUAUUCCUACGCAAGCCAAUUCUGCAGCCCCACGACCAGCACCGAGUUUUGGAACGUGUGGAAUGCAUUUGAGAUCGAGACGGGCACCGAAGAUACGUUCCGUGAGAUGCUCCGGAUCAAGCGGUCCGUCCAGGCGCAGUUUGCCUCGGAGCUUGGCUCGAUGGUGUCGAGCGGCGCAGCUGCGCCCGCCAUUGCGACGGAUCCAAUGGCGAUGCUUGAAGCGCGUGCGUUAGAGUCCAAGCCCAGCGCUCCUGCAUUUGUCUCGGCGACAAGUGUAUCAAAGCCAGCACAGGACACUCGCAACACGGAGCAGGUAGGCGUAGACGAAGACCUUUUGUAG